AUGUCCUGCUACAACCAGUGCCUGCCCUGCCAGCCCUGUGGCCCGCCACAGCUGGCCCACAGCUGUAACUCCCCAUGCUGCCAAAGGAGAAGGCUUUUGCUCAGGGGCGCCCCCGUGGCCCUGGCCCGACCCGGCCCCAUCCUCAGCUCCUUCCCGCAGAACACCGUUGUGGGCUCGUCCACCUCUGCUGCUGUUGGCAGCAUCCUCAGCUGUGACGGAGUGCCCAUCACCUCUGGGUGCUGUGACCUCUCCUGUAUCACCAGCCGCUACUGUGGCCGUAGAUGCCCCCCCUGCUAA